AUGAAGGUCGUCCCCGCCGUGCCUUGCCCCCUUCGAGGGGAACAGAAGUUGCGGACUGUCUCACGGUCGCCAUCUCACUUGUUUUCCAAGGAAACAUGCAACGUUGUCUCCAAUGUAUUUUGCUGCAGCGAGGCAUGUUCUCCUGAGUUAGAAACAAAAGCCACGGAGAAUGGAGAUGUAUAUGAACAGAAGACGCGCUGCCCUGGUAGUCUCGCCUCCAUCAAUGAAGGGCGAAAAUCGAAAAGGCGCAAACUGGUGCUGGCGGGAUGCACAAACGAGGAAACCAAUGAGCCUCGUACACAGGACGGGGCAGAUAGUCAUAGACGAGAAACAAAAACAGUUCAGGGAGAAGAGCUUGGUGUCUCUGCACGAGGCAGCGGAUGCAGACACGUCAGUGAGACAAGGGCCAGAAAUGCGUCGCGCUCGCCGGCGAACCUUCAUAGCGUCUCUCAGGCGCAGUGUACAUACACUGAUGCUGAGGAACGGAAUGUCUCUACAUCCAUUAGAGGACGUCCUGUUUCUCAGUCAGAAGAGCAGCCCUCGCACGCCGUUCGUGGAGCUGUACAAGAACAAGCGAAAGCUGCAUCCUUGUCGAUCUCAGGUCCAGUCGAGGAGUCCACGUUGCCGUCUACCGAGCAGCUCUCACGUCGCUCUUCUGUUUCCCAGUUUCCCCCUCCAGCCUGUGGUAGCUCCCGAACGAAAGCUCACCUUUCGUCUUGCUGGCCGACGCCAUCUGGGGGCCCUGCCUCUCGUCGGACAUCCGACGACAAGAGGACUGCCACUGGCUGCUGGAGAGCUCAUCGUCGCCGUGGUCUCUGCUCGCCAUCUUCUGUAACACCUCCAUCGCCGCCUGCGAAUUCUCCUGUGUCUUCAGAGACAGCUCGGCGACAGCGCGAGACUCAGCCAGCGGGUGCUCGUGACAGUUCUUCCCCCCAACGAACCGAAGCCGAACGGGGGGACUCGAACCCCCCUUCCCACCGAGAGUCAUCACUCGGAAACAGUAAAGGAUGGAAGCUGCUUGGUGCCUCUCGUUCUUCAGCCAGAAUGAGAAGUCUCCAAGCUCUUCCCGCAGACGCAGAGAUAGGGGGCGUAACCUUUUCACAUUGUUUCGAUGCCGUCGGCGAGAGAAAAAGUACGAGAGACAGAAGACUCCCUGCGAAAGCGCGCUCUGUGCGGAGCGGAGAUGCGCCUCCAGUUGCGGCCGCGUCUUCUGUGUUUCUUGAGACAGAGGCAGAAACGAACACUGCUCAUUCCUCCUGCUCGUCGGGUCCAGCUUUGCCCUUUGUACAGGCCUCUGAGAUGCGCAUGACGUUUUCCUCAGAAUGCGACACAUGGUCUGAAGGAGAAAAAGGGGAUACUUACACGUUUUCCUGCCAUGCGGACCCCGACAGGAAUGUGAAGCCUGAAAGUUCGUUACUCAUCGAUCCUCCACUUGCGACUCUCCUGGCUUCAUCCGCCUCUCUGGCAUCCCCGCCAUCCCCUUCCUCUGCCGCUUUGUCUCCUCCUGGCUCCCACGAUUCAGUACAACCUUCUGCGCGGUCGUCUGAAACCUCUUGUGUGCCGUCUUCUGUAACCUCUUCGGUACCAUCAUCAACGCUUUCUGCUUCUCUCACGUCAUCGCCUGUGGUACACUUAGGUUGUUCGAGGACGCUGAGAUCCUCCGGCAACUGUCCCGGCUCUGCUCGGGAGGAUCCAGGGACCUUGCCAGCACGGUGUGGGAUUCGCACUCGCUCGUCCGCUCGUCUGCAGGCAGCUGCUGAGGUCUCGGCUUCCUCCUCUCCUCUGCAGUCCACAUCCGACCCAGCUGCGGCGUCAUGCCGUUCUGGUCGUACCCGGUCGAGUGCAGUGGAUACGUCUUCGUCUUGUGUUCUCACCUCUAAGACUUCUGCGUCUUCGAGUUCACCGUCGCCUUCUCACCUCAGGUCUGGGGGAGCCGCUGAACCCGCACAGAAGUCUUCGUCCCGGCCCGCGUGCUCGCCACUCGUGGGUGGAGCCUCUUGUGGUCCUGCGCAGUCUGCUGACGCGGCGUCUUGUCGCCUUCCGGAGAAAGUGUUGCGGCAGGCGAUUCUGCGCUGUGCUCUGUUCUUCUCCUCUCUGAACCUCGUGCCUCGCUGCUGUGCACUGCCUCUCCAUCCGCUCGUACAUCCGGUCGAGGUCGCGAAUCUGUCUCGUCUCCGAACGCUGAUUGAGUUGAGCAGCGCCAACGGGUGUCAAUCGCUUCCUCCUGGGAAGACGCGAGUUGAGGGCAAACGCACAGCUUCGUCUGCGGUUUCUCAGACUUCAGCUUUAGGUUCUGCGGAGCCUCCAGUGUCGUCAGAGGCGCCUACUCCACGACCGUCCGCCGCGGCGCCCCAAAAUGCUCACAUUCAUGACGGGGGUGCCGGGCAGCCUGCGGCUGAACUGGCCCAAAGUGUGUCUCUUUCUCCGUCUCUGUCGCCUUCCUGUGCCUCACGUUCUGGCCUUCCAACGCCUCAACUGCGUUCUGGUUGGCCGCCUGUGCAGGGGCUUGGGUGCUCGCGGUCUCGGCCUGGGGGUGGACGUGAUGCUCUGCUCUCGGAGUCGAGUUGUCCCUCCUCUUUCCCUCGUUCCCCGCCUCCGGCGCAUACCACGCCUCUGCCUGCCGCCUCCGAUGUGGCUCCUACGGAGUCUCCUGUCUUUUCGAUCGCAUCUGGCAUCGGGUCGCCAGCUUGUGAGGCGGCCUCUCGUUCUUUGCCUGAAUCACAGAGAGUCCCGCCGCAGGCCGUGCGAACCAGCAUGUGCGACGUAGCAGAAGAUCGCGAGGACGAAGGGCGUUUGGCGUUUUCCGGAGACAGUGUGGGCCGCCGCGUGAUGGCGACGCGAGAGCCGCAGGUGGGCGACAGGGUGGGAGACGAAACAAGAGAGGAGAAAGACAGCAGAAACCAAGGCCGAGUCGAUCUGAGUGAGCCAGCCCGUAGCGCUGGCGAGGCAUGUUUGACAGAGAUAGAAGGAGAAGGUGAGGACCAGGGAGGCAGUGAGACAGAGGACCGGAUCUCGUGUGUGGGGCAGCGUGACUUCGAGGUAAGCCGAGAGGCGAGCAAAGACACUCGAGAUAACGAGCGAGGAGGCGAAUGUCGAGGAGAGAAGAGUGGAAGAAGACGAAUCCAGAGGCUGCGGGGAACUGGUGGAGAACUGCCUCGAGAGCGAGGUGGGACACCUGUGACGGUGGUCGAUGCCGAAGUGAGGAAGCUCGCGGUGGACGCUUGUGUAGACGAGAAAGGCGAGACACAGGGAGCAGAACCAGCGGCGAGACGUGGACAAGUGCACGCGCGACAAAGAGGCGAAAAUGGCUUCAUCUGUCGCUGUGUCGGGUCUGGCAAAGUCGGCGAACUGGAUCGGCAUCGGAGGCCAGUGCUGGUGCAGGGGCAGCCUGAAAGUGAAACACAGGCCGCCAGAGACGAGGGCGACAACGAGGUGAACAGUGAGGACGAAGGCAGUCCGAAACUGUCAAUUCCUGAAACGCAAACGGUCCGUAGUUUUGGAGAACCAGAGGUCAGGGACAGAGAGAGUAGCCUCGACAGAGAAACACAGAAACAGAUCCCUCGACAAAGAGAACAUUCCCCGUCACCUCCGAGUGACGACAGAGUCCAUGACACGGACGGGGAAGUUAUGAAUGACGCGACGCGGUUCCGGAGUGAACGCGAGGAAAGCGAAGAGUCGCCUGCGGGUUGUGGCUUCUCCUCUCUUCGUCGCGGCGAGAAGACCCAGACGAUUCUCACUGAGAAGAACAAGACCGAAGAGGCCACCAUUUUUCUUGCGCAUGCGAGCGCCGAGGAAACAAGCGAGGACGACUUUUGUUGUCUGGCACAUACACACCCGAAGCUGGAAACGCAAGAUCAGGAAGAAAACGAAGCCACUGGUGGCAGAAACAAAAGCCACAUAGGCGGGACAGACAAGCCAAACGAGGAGCCUCUCGAGCUGGUGAAGAUGACCGAGACGGAGAAGGGUGCUGAUGCACAGCCGCCUGAGGGAAAAUGUUGGGAGACGAGAGGGGAGUCUCUCAAGGGGAAAGACGCAUGCAUCGUUCCUGUUGGGGGGACGAAAGCGGAACUGAAACGCACGGGCGAAACCGAAGAGAAACUAGACAAAACUGAGGGGCCGCAUCCAGCUAGUCAGGAAGGCAGGCGGCCGCCUCGCACGCGUCGCCAGCGCGUUCUAAAUUUGCGAUUGACUUCUUCCAAAGCGGCGCCUGAGUCAGGUAGUUCGAGCCCCAAUCGCCGGCGAACUCGAAGGGGAAAUCUGGAAAAGCAGAACGGCUUCACAGCUCCUCCCAUCUCAAACGCCACUGAGUUUUUCGACGAUGGAAGCGGCGUCGGCAGACAGCGGACGCUUCACUGGCUGCGCCGUUGCCUCCGAAACGAAAUGGUGGCACCAGGCGUCGAGGGAUUCUUCGUCUAUUUGAAGCGCCACUCGUCUUCAAACUCUUCGUCCGCUUCAGUCUCCGCGCCCACUUCCUCUGCCUUCCACUUCGUCGCCGGCGCUCGCUUGGAGAUGAUUCAGGAUGGGGACGCGUCGCUGUCGUGGCUGUUUCUGCCGCGCGGCCUCAGCAAGGAGGCGGAGGAAGAGCUGCUCCUCCCCUUUUUCGUCUACGUGAUCUGCAUCUAUCUCCUCUGCAUGCCCUACCGCUUGCGGCCCGGAGUCGACAUCCUCAGUCCUCUCCUCCGACCCCUCCAUGGCAUGCAGCGGAGACGAAAGGCCAAGAGCGCAGGCGACGAAACAAACCCCGCGACGCUUGAUGGGAAGCAGGAAGCGAAGGGUGCAAGGGAGGGGGGCAGCGAGGAGUCUUGUUUUGAGACUGCAGAGACAGCUGAGAGACAGGAAGAGACAGAACUAGCAGAAGGGCGACAGAGGGAACAGAAACGUGAAGAGGAAAAUCAAGAAGGCAGACACGAAAGUGAACGCUCAAGAGGCGAAGAAGAAGUGAAAAGUCGAAACGCAUUCUUGGCUUCACUGCCUGAGGGCGCAGCUCUCCCUCUUGCUGUCUACGAAGCCAUUGAAGAGCAGGAUUCAGCUCUGGCGAGAAACGAGAUUCGCAUCUCCUCCAGCUUCAGUGGGGAAUGUAGAGGCCCGCCAAACAAGUCAGGCGCGACACGCACGUAUUUGAAGACAGUUGCGCUGCCUGUGCCUUCCUCACCUACUGGUGCCAUGUCUGCUUCUCCCGCUUCUUCGUCUCCCUAUUCUUGCUCUUCUCGCUCUUCCUCUUCUCCUUCUCCCUCGUCUCCCCCUUCUGCUUCUCCGCCUGCUUCUUCUCCGCCUGCUUCUUCUCCGCGUGCUUCUUCUCCCCCCUAUUCUUCUUCUUUUACUUUUCAGUGGAACUCCGAGAGAUCCGAGGACUUUGCGUCUACCGCGUUUCCGCCUCCAGCUUCUCCGCCGCCUCAGACUGCAGCGUCUGCGUCGCGGGGUUCUCUCUCGCCUUCUGUGCCUACAGCUGAGGCGGCCGAGGGUGGGUCAGCGGCGGGGCAACAGUCUGCAUCCGUUCCUGGCGAUUCGCUGGUUCCAGAGGUCCGUGCGCCGAACCUCGCCUGUCGUCUGAUGAUCGACUGCGGAGAUCUGCUGCUCUGUCCGCGGCCGCUUCUGCGUCUUCUCCUCGACAAGCGACCCUUCGCUCGAGGGGUGCAUCCUCACCGGGAGCCAGACACUUCCGAACCGCCAGAAGUGGUUCGUGCCCAGCAGGAAGUUGCCUUGGUUGCAUGCAGUCUGUUGUCUCCGAGGGCAACGACGAAUCGCAUUCGAGAUCUCCGUGCGGCCUCAGCGUCCCUGUGCAUCAACUUCAAGGAUCACAGAGGGCCCCACAAGUCCAAACGCGUUCUGGGGGUGUCCGCCUCGCGACGAAGUGGAAAAAACAAAUGCAAAAGUGCAAGAACCAGGAGGGGUCGCGAGGAGACGAAGGUGAUGAAAGAGAGCGACGACGAGGACGCGAAGGCGUUGGAGGAGACCUCGCCAGUCGUUUCGGCGGUGAUCCGAGACGGAGGCGUCUUUCACAGUGACGUAGUGACAGCCCAGCAGUGCUGCUGCCAGGUCCAGCAAGCUUGGCCUCUCCGCUUCUUUAUUUUCCACGCCUUAGACCUCGUUCUAAACAUUUUACCGCAGCUCCUUACGCCCUUGCCACCGGAAACAAACGCUUCCAAUACACCCGCAUCGUACACCAACGCCUCACCGCAAACGGGACCGGAUCUCGCCUCUUUCGCCUCUUCUUCGUUUGCAUCAUCUGCAUCUUCUUCCUUUCAAUCUGCCUCUCUGCAGUCAUGUCUACAACUGCCAUUUUGUCCAUCAGAGCGACUAACAGAGGAACUCAAUCGCCUGUUGGGGUCUCGCCGGAGUGGCUAUCUGCCUUCUGUCCCUCCAGCGUGCCCGCGGAGAGGCAGAGAAACAGAGAGCCCGGACGGCCUGCAUGCAGAGAGGCCAGAGGGGCCGCAUGCAGAGAGGCCAGAGGGGCCGCAUGCAGAGAAACCAGAGGGAGUGCAUGCAGAGACACAGCGCAGAGCUGCCACAGGCCGCCCCCAGCCCGCCUACUCUGCUCACCAUCAGCUGCAGCAGCAGCUGAACGAAAGACUCUGGGCAGGUGCAAAAGUUGAGACAUUUUCCUCUCUCUUUUUUGAUUAG